AUGAUCGGACGACCAGCGCAAAGAAAUCUACCGUUGCGAAAGCCUAGACAACAUCCAAAUAUUCUUCCGAUCAAACGAGACGUUCUACCCACUAAACUACCCACAGUUAUCAACAGGAAGUUCUCGAAAACAAGACCAAUUCAACGUCAUGAUCUAUCACAGUCGAAUAUAACGACAGCAUUAAUGAUAAAACAGUAUCCACGUCGUCAUUAUCUUCCACCCAUGACAUCAACAUCGCAUUUAACAUUGAUUAAUGAUCACGUGUUGAAGGAGAAUCUCUCUCAAAGAACAACGUUAAAAUGUAAAACACCGCGAAUGGGAAGUGCAUUAAGUCGGUCGACUACCUAUGGUGGUAAUGAAGAUCAGAGAACUUCUCGUCCAUUACAGGGUAUGGAUGUUGGUGCGUUACUCAAUGAUGUAACACGCAAUCGACUAAAUCACAUGUUUAAUAAAUUGGAUACCGAUCGAGAUGGACAUUUGUUCUAUACUCAAGUCGAAAAAUGUUUACCAGCUAAUCUUCCGCAUGCACAAAUGUCAUUCUUUCGCGUGCUAUACGAAAUUGUCAGUGAUACGACGUACUUUGGUCUGCAGGAGUUCUACGCCAUAGCUAUUAUUGUUGAAAUUAUUGCUAAGCAAGAUCCAAUAUUAUGGCAAACAUAUCUCGACGAUGUGGAUUUCAAUUUUUAUCAUGAUGUUCUAGUUGAUUUACUCGAAGAAUUUAAUGAACAAUGUCUGUCCAAUCGAGGAUAUGUUACUUACAACAAUCUUGUUGAAAUGAUCUUGAAACAAACGAAUAAUGAAAAGGUCGAACGCAUUGCCAGUGAAGUACAUUACUUGAGCGCGUGCGUGUGUGAAACAAAUAAUAGAAAGGCAAAGAUAGAAGAAUUACUUCGCACAUUUCGUUCAUUUAACAAACAAUGUGAACGGAUCUUCCUGGAUUUUCUUUCGUCAUUUCGUUCUCAACCAUUUAUUAGAUAUAAUGAAGAUGACGCUCGGGAAACGAAUGGCCGUUCAAGGAGAGAAUUUGAAGAAAUCGAUGCUGUUCUAUACAACGAAGAGAAAGCCAAGCGUUCAUCGAUCAAGAGAAUUUGUGAAGAAUGGUCGAGUCGACCGCAUUUUCGAGUUCGUGGUCGCGUACAGCAGAUUGAAAAACAACUAGCCAGUCGGCUAACACCGUCACAUAAACAAUACGACGCAAUUAAUUCUAAUACAGCAACAUCAUCAACAUUCGAUCUAUUCCUCAGUAGUUCGAAAGUUUCCAGUUCGAAUUUCGACGAAUUAAAUGUACCUAUACAUGAUAAUACUUCUGGUCGUUCUUCCGUAAAUUCCAUCGAAGGAUCGGAAUUGUCGAACAAUUCCGAUUUGGAUAAUAGUGAUGUAACGAAAACGAUCUCCGAUGAACAUAGUAGAAAAACUGGCGUUGAUUCAUUCGAUAGUGACGAUGAUGAAGAUGAAAAUCACGAAGAGUCAUCUGAUUCGUCCACGCGUGAUGAUAUUCAGCAACAUUACAAAUACGCUCGCAAUCCACAACUAAUGAUCAAAUGUAUGAAAGAUAAUAUUGUAAAUACUCUGGCAAAUAAAUUACUCCAACGAUUCCUCUCCGAACAGCAACCACUUUUACAACGAUAUGGAAAAUUACUUUACGAAAAGAAUUCCAUUAAACUUCGCCGAAAACUACGGCCGAAUUCAUUACCUCCACAUUCACUAUCGCAAAACCGAUUCUCUUACCCUUCCGUAACCAAUACUCAAAUACAAAUCUCGUCGACCCCAUACCGUUCAACACCCGAUCCUGAUAUGAAAGGUUUAUUACUUGUCACACGUUUACACACAACGAAUUUCAGUUCGAAUCAGCCGAUGUCUACUUCACCAAGAAAGCCGAGAACAUCAUCGACACUCUUUGUAGGAGAACGUACAGCAACAUCUCUUGCACUAGAUAAACGAAAUCAGCAACAAAUAUCUUUGAUUGGCACAGCCGUUCCAUGUCCUUCAGCUAAUCAGUCGAUGAUAAAUACAACAUCUCAAAAUCCGACUCGGCAGAGUUCAUCUAACUACCGCUAUCGUUCCGCAACGACGUCGACAAUACACACCGAACCCCCUAACAAUCGUUUACCACCAAUAAACAUCGAACGUAUAAUCAACGCCGAUCAAACGACGAUGAACCGUUCUACUACGGCAAGUUCAGGAAUGAUCGACUCGAUUCCACCAGCAACACGAGCGGUUAGUGGAACGAGUAUCGCAUCGAAUCCUUCUUCCGCUGUUAAACUACGCAUUGCAAAUAAUCUAGCCAAAGUCCAACGAACAUCCCGUCCAUUAUCGAUCUCAUCUAUAAAUAACAGCAAAGAUUUCAACAAUCUUUCCUCGACGAGUCCAACACGUUCAAUGACGACAACACCCGCUCCAUCUACUUUACUCCGAACUACAGCUAUAACUCGUAUUCAUCAUCAACACCAACAACAACAACACUCCAAACGAUCGUUAAUGACAACGAAAUCUCGACCUCCACCGUCGCCCAGUAUUCUCAAAUUAUCAGUCACACAUAUUUAG